AUGGAGAAUCAGGAGCCCGAAAUCGAGAAAUUAGCUCCAGAUGAGGUUCCUGAUCGAGAACCAGACCAGAAGAAGCUCAAGAUUUCCACCACCGGCGAGGAAACAGAUUCCUCUGCUGCUGUUACUGCUGCAGCCGGCGGAAGCGGCGGCGCUGAGCGUAGACCACCGAAAUACAGGCGCCGGAAAGUCGCCAUCGUGUUUGCAUUUUGCGGGGUAGGGUACCAGGGGAUGCAAAAGAACCCCGGCGCGAAAACCAUCGAAGGCGAGCUCGAAGAGGCUCUGUUCCACGCCGGCGCCGUACCAGAAGCCGAUCGGAACAAACCAAGAAAUUACGAAUGGGCGCGAUCGGCUCGCACGGAUAAAGGCGUGAGCGCGGUGGGGCAGGUGGUUUCCGGUCGCUUCUACGUCGAUCCUCCCGGAUUCGUCGAUCGGCUCAACUCGAAUCUCCCUGAUCAGAUCCGUGUGUUUGGCUACAAACGCGUCGCGCCGUCGUUCAGCUCCAAGAAAUUCUGCGAUCGGAGGAGGUAUGUGUAUCUGAUUCCGGUUUUCGCUCUUGAUCCAUGCUCGCAUGGUGAAGCCGAGAUGGUUAGAACGGAUUCGGGAUACGAAUAUGUGGAAUGUGUAGAGUGUUCUGAGAAAGGCUAUAAGAUUCCGCUUGGUGUUAUGGGCAAAGACGCUAGUGAUGAUACAACAAAGCCAUUGGAGGAGCUUCACUCAGACAUUACGUCGAGCAACUUAGAUGCAGUAAAGUGUGAAGCUUUGAGCUCUAACGCACCUCAUGGAGAAAACUCUGAUUCAAUCUCUAAAACAGAGGAUAAGCAAGACGGUGGUUGCGAGUCAAAGUUGGAUACUUUGGCUAAUAAGGAAGAGUUGAACAAUGGCGAGAGCAAGUUCUGUUAUGGAGAGAGAGAGAAGGAGAGGUUUAACAGAAUCCUAGGCUAUUACGUUGGUUCUCAUAACUUCCACAACUUCACCACAAGAACGAAAGCAGCAGACCCAGCUGCGAACCGGUACAUUCUCUCCUUCAAUGCAAACACGGUGAUUAACCUCGAUGGGAAAGACUUUGUCAAGUGUGAAGUUGUUGGACAGAGCUUCAUGCUUCAUCAGAUCCGUAAAAUGAUCGGACUUGCUGUUGCAGUCAUGAGGAACUUUGCACCUGAAGCAUUGAUCCAAACCGCUUUCAAGAAGGAUGUGAGAAUAGUUGUACCAAUGGCGCCAGAAGUUGGACUAUACCUUGAUGAAUGCUUCUUCACGUCCUAUAACAAGAGAUUUAAAGGCACUCACGAUGAGGUGUCAAUGGAAGAGUACAAGGAAGUAGCUGAAGCAUUCAAAUGGAAGCAUGUGUACUCUCACAUUGGCUCAGCUGAAGAGAAAGAUGGAAUUGUGGCGAUUUGGUUGCAUUCGUUGAACCAAAGAAACUAUCCGGACCUACGUGUUGCUGAACACAAACCGGAUGAAGUCAUUUUCUAUAAGAAGAUUGAAGAAGCCUCUGAUGAAAAAGUCCAUGAAGAGAAAGUUUCAGUGAAGGAAAACACUAAUGGUACCGGAGAGCUAAUUGUUGCCGACAAGGUAAAUGAUGAAACCUCCGUAGAGAUGAGUGUGGAAGAGAAGGCAACCGGGUGA